CCCGGCCCGGCCGCGUGCAGCUGCGGCUCCGGGGGCAGGGCAGGGCGCGCGGGCGGCAUGGAGGCGGCGGAGGCGCGGUGCCGGGUGCUCUCUAUCCAGAGCCAUGUCGUGUGCGGCUACGUGGGCAACAAGGCGGCGAGCUUCCCGCUGCAGGUUCUGGGAUUUGAAGUUGAUCCUGUGAAUUCUGUCCAGUUUUCAAACCACACAGGUUAUGCUCACUGGAAGGGUCAGAUGUUAAAUUCAGCUGAACUCCAUGAGUUGUAUGAAGGACUUAAACUGAACAAUGUCAACCAUUAUGACUACGUACUCACAGGUUACACGAGGGACUCAUCAUUCCUUGCAACGGUGGUUGAUAUCGUUCAGGAGUUGAAGCAACAGAACUCUGACCUGGUGUACGUGUGUGAUCCAGUGAUGGGUGACAAAUGGAAUGGAGAAGGCUCUAUGUAUGUGCCAAAGGAGCUUCUCCCAGUCUACAGGGACAGAGUUGUACCCGUUGCAGAUAUAAUAACUCCUAAUCAGUUUGAGGCUGAGUUGCUCACUGGCAGAAAGAUUCACACAGAAAAAGAAGCUUUAGAGGUAAUGGAUAUGCUUCAUGCUAUGGGACCAGAGACAGUGGUGAUCACAAGCUCAGACCUACAGGGUUCUCUAGGAAGUGACUUCCUAAUUGCACUAGGGAGCCAAAGGAAAACUAGAGCGGAUGGCACCAAGGUGACCCAGAGAAUUCGAAUGGAGUCUCCUAAAGUGGAUGCUGAUUUCGUUGGAACUGGAGACUUGUUUGCUGCGAUGCUCUUGGCCUGGACACACAAACAUCCAAAUAAUCUUAAGGUGGCAUGUGAAAAGACUGUAUCAGCUAUGCAGCAUGUUCUGCAAAGGACCAUCAAGUGUGCAAAGGCACACGCUGGAAAAGGAAACAAACCUAGCCCAGCCCAGCUGGAAUUGAGAAUGGUCCAAAGCAAAAAGGACAUAGAAAACCCGGAGAUAAUAAUAAAAGCUACUGAAUUAUAAAGGCUGUAUGUCUCCCAAUAACGCACAAUGUAUUGAUGUCCUCUUUUUCUUUCCUGUAAAUUGUAAUGUUUGCCUUAGAUCUGUGACAGAAACCUGACUUCCAUGAAAUAGUGCCCUGCAUAGGCAGAUAUCCACAAUCAAACAUAUGUGCUGGCCUUGCUUGAUUUAAGGGGGGAAAAAAGUGAGUAGUAAAACUUACUCGCAGAUAUCAAAAUGGUUGUCAAAUUCACUCAGUCUGUGUACCAUAGGCAAGAGAAUACACAGGUUCCUGCCUCGCGAAAGACUUUGGGUAUGAAUUUGCUAGUGGAAUGACUGACUGACUGGCGUAUAUGUUGUAGCAAAGCAUCUAGUGCCAAUUUCACUAGCUACCUACUCCCUUAGCUGAAGGCAUUUGGCAGCUUAUUGUGGUAUUCACUAUCUUGACUUCUAUGAAACUCAGUAGGGUUGAAAUUGCACACAACUUCAGGCUGUGUAUGGGGAGCAGUUUGGAGAUAUUUAGCAUUAGGUGCUCUGAAGAGGUCUUGAAGUAUAACUUCAUGUUGCUAAUAACUUUUCCUGUUUCUAGCCUGUGAAUGAAUAUGUGAUUCCAAUUUCUAUAGGCGCUAAUCCCUUUAUUUCCAGUGACCACAAGUAUCCACAUCACUUUGUCCCCAUGUUCCACUCCAGAAAAGACCAGCGUUACUAAUCUAAUUAGCCAGUCAGUAGCACCAAGUAGAAAUUUGUAAUUCUACCUCUGGGACCAGAUUUAAUUCCUUUUUUAUUAAGACUUCAAGACAAAGCUUCUUUAAGAAAGGAAGACGAUGUGGCUACCUUUUGUAAAAGUAACCCUGUUAGUAUUCUAACGGAUAGCAAGUCAUUAGGAUACUGACAGCAUUCAUUAUUUGUUGAGGGCAUUUUACCCUUCAUGGAUGGUUCAAUUUAGAAACCUCAGAGGGUGCACCUGCUUAACAAAAAUGAGCACUGUACAACAGGGUCAUCAGUAAAGCACUAAAUAGUGAACAGUUGCCUACACUUGCCUGCAGACAUAAGUAGAGAGAUUAGUUUGUUCAUAAUGCCAUUCUUCAGACAGUUUCAUGAUCUGAAUUUUACUGAAUUAUUUUAUGCUUGCUCUCCAAAACAAAUAGCAAUUUUUUUUUUAAUGUGUGUUGCAGGAUGUUCGCAUGUAUCUUAAGAAUCUAUGAGACUGCUUAUCAUCCAUAGUACCGAAGCACUUCAAUAUAAAGUUCCUCCUGGUCUAGUUUUUUCCCUCCUUCCAUGGAGGCAGCUGGGGAAUUUUUAUUGGUUAACCUUUUUGUACCAAAAUCCUGUUCCCUGAAGUGCUCUCAGAAUGAGUUUCUUGACAAUUUCUAUAUUCUGGGUGCUGAUUAGGCAGUGAGGAUAUUCCUGAAAGAUGGUGACCACCUGCAACUCCUCUUGACUUCAACAGGCAUUGCAAGUUCUCUGCACCUCUGAGAAUGAGUCCUAGUGUAUUGUAUAUGCCCAAACCUGAAAACACAGUCUGUGAGCUUGAUUUGUUCAUCCUAGGGGACACAGAUACAAAUUGCACCCUCUUGCAGUAGCAGGGAGCAGUUGUGCACCAAGGGAGAUGCUAAAAGGAGGGUAGUUUAAGUCCCAUCCUCUGCCUGAGGCUGCCCAGAAAAAGCAUUUGAUCUGUGUGUUUCCUGGGUGCCUUCCCAGAAACUUCUUCCUGGCCAGCCCUGCCCAGUUACUAAGCUGUGUCAACUGGCUAGGUCUAGGUCCCUCAGCAGUGCUUGAGUUGUAGGUAGAUUGUGCCACUGUAGUCUUUGUUCAUCCAAGUGGACUUUCUGCCAUUGGAGCCCCGAUUUUGUUUCUACUAGCAGACCUCAGGGAGAGAAUUUACACAGGUAUCACUAAUUUUAGGCCAAACAGAUUUAAUGUUUUUCUUUUUAAUAGAGUGGAAGUUUUCUAAUUUUAAUAGAUUUCUUAAAUCUCUCUCUUUCAGCAUCUCUGAAGCAAAUAACACGCCAGAUGCUAAUGCAUUUUGCAGUAAGUUUAAGAGAAGAACUCCCAGCUUUUGCUCUUAGUGGCUAAUACUUUACCAUCUCCAAUGCACUCAGCAAUUAAAAGUUAAAAAUUUGCUCUUCUGACAUAAGAAACACACAAAAGAACCUGGAAAUUACUUAGUAAACUUGACUGUAUUGCCACAAUUUACAAUAACCUCCACCAUGAAAUCACUUCCUAGCAAUAAUAAUUCUGGUAAUAGGAAUAAAGCAUAGCAGUCUCCUUCAGCGCAUGAGCUUAUGGCUGUUGUCCAGCAUUCAAAGUCCUCAGCACUGUAUUUUUAAAUAGUUUAAAGCGGUUUUCCUUCUAGAUAAUGGCUAAUUCCCAUAUGUUUAAAAACUCAUCUUUAUUACAUAAAAACUGCCCUCUUUAUCGUACAAUGUUUGCUGUGAAAGCUGCAUGGGAAAUGUAAUCAACUUUCAAAUGAGAGAGCAUAGCUUUUAAAUAAAAAUUAUAUUUCAGUAAUACAACUCCAAGGGCUUUCUACUUAUUUUUCAACACAAAUACAUUUUUACCACUACCAAGUGUGCUAAUCACUUAGUGGCCGUGUAGCCCACCCCAGGAUAACUAUAAGCAUAAACCUUUUUUAUUUCACUUUUUUUAAACUCAUAACAUUUCAUGUUGACAUUUGCAGUCAUUCCCAUAGACCUGGGAAGCUAUGAUCAACAGACUGUUGCUCCAUCUCUUCACACAAUGAUUCUUUAAAUAGCCUCACAGUGUUAAACUUAUCGGACUAGACCCUACCGCAUUUUCAGCUCUUCCAUAGCUUAGUGAGAAAUUCCUGUUCGUCAUGUCAGGGGGUCAAAGAGAGAGGUUCAUAAUCCUCUUCUUUUUUGAAAAGCAGCAGUAACAAUACGGAUCCAAGCUUCUUGCCAUCAAGAGAGCAUAGUUACGGCAAACUUGCGAUAAGAUGGUACAAAAGGAGUCUCUUCUGGUGUUUAGGAGCAAAUACAUUGGUUUGUGCUUCUAGAAAAAGGGAGGGGUUAAUAUGGAAAAUGGAAUAAUAGAUUCCAUGAAAAGGGUUAAUAAGUUAAAUGACAAUAAUUCAAUACAGAAUUUGUAUCUGUAAAACUUAGCCAAAAUGAAUUUUCAUAUGAAGCAGAACCGAGGCAAGCUAAUAAGAGGCACCUGUGACUUGCCAUAUCAGCUUGGACCUGUGGUCUAAAUCAGAUAUUCAAACCUCAGGAGUGGCCUAUGCCGGAUGCUUCAGAGGAAGGCGGACUCUCCUCUUCUCCUGUCCCCUCCAGUAAUGCCCUUCUAGUUUAAUAUCUGUGAUGAACUGACACAAUACCCACAGGAAAGCAGAGGGAAAGUAAAGACAUUAAAAUGCAGAAUUGAACUUGGAGAAGUUCAGUUAUGAACUGGCCACAAUUUGCAGCCACUGCAGUCUACCAUCUUCUAUUGAAGUCAGUGGGAGAUGCUUGUAUGAUAUCUGAAUGAACUCCCAUUGAAGUCAAUGAUAUUCUUUCUGGGACUUUAAUUAGAUCAUCAGCUGCAGAAGCAGGCUCAAUGUCUAAUAAUUGAAGAAGCAUUGAGAAACUGACUGUAAGUGCACAUUGUAGUUACCUUGUAACGUUGUACAUUGUAGUCAUAACAUAUGGACAAAGGUAUUUUUAAAUGUUAAAGCAAUUCAUAUAACUUGCAGGCAUUUUUAUUAGUGAAAUGUUAUGCAGCACUUUUUCCUAGUGUUUUUAGAACAAACUGUAUGUGCCACACUGCACAAACUCAACACAAUCAUAUCCAAUCAUUCUUUUAUUCCCUCUUCUUUUCUCUUGGAUGUAACUGAUACAGAAAUUAUACGUACUUCCAGAGCAGCUAGGAAACGGCUCAAUAUUCACUCUGGCCUUUAGCACAGUUGCCCAUUAUCCAUUUAAAGGAAAUGAGUCUAUCACAGGGGUCAAGUCUUAUCCACUUGCAGAUCCUUACCCAAGAAAAGCUGUCAAACUAAAAUGAAUAUCUCUAAUGACUGCAGAGGUACAAGCAACUUGGCAGAGAGCAGUAGAUUCAAUCAUUCUGUUCAGUAAUUUUCAUCUGUCAACAAAAUGGAAGGCUGGUGUUACUUGAGCUAAUUAAAUUGUGUUUGAACCCAUUUUCUGUAAUGAAUUUCUUUGUGUGCAGCCAUUUUGAUUAUUAUAGUUUCACUUAUUUGUGGAGCCUUAUGCAGAAUGGACCAAAACUCUCUUAAAAAUUAAUUAUCUAGUCUAUUCUGGCUGGAACCCAACCUUUUUAUGCAUAAAACUUCUGCUGACUUCCUUGGAAGAUACAUGCAUAACGACACUUUAAAGUUUUUUUUUUUUUUAAAAGUGUUGUGGAAGUUUAUUCAUGCUUGGCAUACAUACACGUUUUAAAAAUCUGCAUUAAAAUUGGUAAUGUAGAUGUUCAUUUGCUGAUUUCUAUUUAAAAUGCAAGAAAUCUAUAAUCAACAUACCAUACAAAAGAAUCGGAGGACCAAGGUUUCUAGCUAAAAAUACUGCCUUGUUAAGAGUAUCCUAUACGUAUCUGGAUUGGUUGAUGUUAAUUCGUUGUCUGAUACUGUUACAGUGAUUGUGUUAGUCUAUUUUAUUUGACAAUAUGUGGCAAGAAAGAUUGUAAUAAAAAUGUCUAUGUUAAUAUGUUGUGCAUAAAAAUUGUUAGCUCCUAUUUUUGAAUACGUUGACCAUUUCAGAAUUAAACAAAACAAGAACAGUUCGGCAGUGUUCUGAGUAAGUGGAUUUGAUUAAGAUUUGAUUAGUAUCUGAUCUAAAGCUUGGGUGGAUAAGGGGAAAGCCCACGUUUGGGCACCUAAAUGGUCCCAAUAUAAAACCACAGGAUUGGGGGAGGGGGCAGGAAUAAGAGGCCCAUCUUCUGCGCAUUUCUUUGAAUAACUUUCAUAGCAGCAGGAACUUGCUGGAAGGUUACGGGUUAAAGCUCACUAAUGGAGAGGAGAUGGCGUUAGUGAUUCGAGGUUGCUAGACUGAUUUAUAGAGGAAGUUUAGCUCCAUAACUGCCUGUGGGAAACCUACAUGUUCCAAUUGAAAAGUGACUCUGGCAUUCUGCAUCUCUAUUCCCAUAUAUGGGCUACUGAAAGCUUAGGGUGAGAGAGUAUUUUGCCCUCAUCAGGGAUUAGGGGCUCCAGAACAAGAACCACAGUUCAUUCCUUGGUCUGCUUCUUGAGCAGUGAAAUGGAAGGGAGUGCAGUGCCAGGUCAGGUCCCCAUACGGCAUAAUUUACACAUUCGGGCCGUUCUGUGAGUGGAAGAAAGCAGACAUCCAGUUUAGUGAGAAACAUGGGAGUUCCUCUAUUAAAGAAGUCACUUCUGAAAAAUGCCGGUGCCAGUCAGAGAGGCUGAUUUGGUCACUUAGCCGAAUGAAAUUGGUGCCCCCCAAUUAAAUGAAACAAUGGCUCCCCUAUAGCCCUUUAAAAAGUUGAGUUAGACGCUGGUAUAAAACUAACACAUAGUCCAGCUACUUAGAAACCAAAAUGUUUCUUGACUGAAGCUUCAACACUAAAUAAAUCAUUUCUCUUAAAUCAGAUUGCAGCUUUUCAUUGUUGGAGUACCUUUCAACGCCUAUUUAAGUCAAUGGAACAGAUUUAUUAAUUAAAUAUUUAGAGUAGAAUAUUUUCAAAAGAAAAAUGGCUUUUGAAAAUACAUUUUUCUGCUCUCCUCGUGGUGUUAACUAUUGACAAAUGAGUCCCUUUAUUUGAGGACAGUUUUCUGUUCCAUAGCAUUCUGAAAUAAAUUAUUUGCUGUGCACAGCAACUUGAAAUUUUAAGUCUGCAAUAGUUGUUAAGCUUUGAAACUAGAAAUCUCUUACUUUUAAAUAUUUGGGUCAAUCGGUGAGUUUAUGCACAUUUAUAUUAGAAGAUUUAAGGUAAACAGGAUGCCCCGAUGCUUAUCAGAAACAUGAAAAUGAGUACUUAUUUUACCAAAGAAGAGCCUUGAAGAUAGAUUUUACAGGGAAUCUGUUGUUUUUAACAUAUGUUUUCUUCAGAAUGAGAUCCCAAGCUAGUUGCUCAUCAUUUAAAUUAAGUCAAAAGGAAACUAGCCAGAAGAGAAGAACAUAUAAGCUGUAUAGCAGCCCCACAUCUUCCAUACAGUUAACCAGGAAACCAAUCCCAGGCCUCGAUAGUGAUACCAAAAAAAAGAUCCUAUGAAUUGGCACUUGUUGCUCCAGCUACAAGCUCACUCUGGCCUUGAUUCAGGAAAACACUUACAUGCUUAACUUUAAGUAAAUGGGAUGUAAACAUAUAUGUACAGUUAAGCAUGUGUCUGAAGUACUUUCCUGAAUAAGGAUACAUAUUGCUCAGUUGGUGCCUCUGGGAGCAACCACAGGUCUUGAGGCAAAAAAAUCCCCGAAUUUGUAGAGAAUAAGGUAGCACAUUGAAGAAAAUACCAACAAUAUUUGAAGGCUGUGCCAUAUGUUAUCACUGAAAUUACCUGUAUAACGUACGUAUUGCCUUUGUUGUUGCAUUGCUUUUUAGAAAAAUCUGUGUCUAGAAGAAUGUAGCAUAUGUACUGUGUAUAUGUGUUAAAGUUUUAGUUGCAGUGGGGGGAAAAUGCAGAAUUUGGGGGCUGGCUGUGCAGGCCUUCAGAAUGGGAGCAGAAAGUCUUACGAAUUAUAUUUUUAUAGACAGCACUGUGGCGUCAAGUCCUAGCCACAUCAUAUCUGCCUCUUCCAGGAACGUAACAUUGUGAGGGAGGAGAGCAGAAGGUGGCUAUGACAUGGUAGGGAUAGUACAACCCCAAUAGCCCUGGACAGAUUACAAAUAAAUAAAAUAUGCCUUUGAAGUAAUAUUUUUUUAGUUCUAAAUUGUUAAACAGAGAAAUAUUUACAAGUUAACUUUCUAUGUACUUGACAUUUGUGUGGUGUUUCGUAUUGAAUAGCUGACCCUGUUAUAUGUUUACAUCUCUUAAAGAUUGUCCUUGAGGCAUAUAAAAUAAGUAAAUGAAUUUUAUGCCAGACAAACAGAGUGCUAUGUAAUGGUAAUGGUUUUAAUUUCUGGUGAAAAUGUCGGCUUUGAUAGUGUUUGUGUCUAUUCUGGUUGGCUCUCGUGCAUUUUGUUCUUGCUACAGAAAGGCUUAUAUGCUUAAUUGUGGAGGGGUGCAGUAGUACAGUAGAUAAAGGGCCAAAUAUUGCUGCCCAGCCCACUGUAGUUUGUGCAUUGAUUUUUUUUUUUAAACAUCAGUAGUCCCAAAUUUCAGUUUUGAGUUGCAUUAACAGUACUAAUAAAUAAAGCUGGGGUAAGUUAGAAA